AUGUUUGGCAAAUACGCGCAGUCGGCCAAGGUCGGCUUUACGACGGCCUUGGUUAUAUCGGCCUGCGUCGUCGACUCCGUCACCAUCGCCUACGAUGGAUCGGUGAUGGGCUCCGUCAACGUCAUGCCGAGCUACAAGAAGUACUUCGAGAUCAGCACUGCCACCAAGGCCGUCAACUCGACGGCUACAGGACUCGGCGCGAUCAUGAUGGCGCCCUUUGCGGGCUUCAUCGUGGACAAAUUUGGACGUCGUCAAGGUCUCUUUGCCGGUGCUCAGAACCUCGCCAUGUUCAUCGCCGGCCGAAUGGUCAUUGGGAUAGGCAUGGGUCUUGCUCAGGCUUCUGCUGCGUCUUACGUGUCUGAGACGACCGCACCGAGGCUUCGUGCACUUGCCCUGGGCCUGUAUUACACGUGUUGGGCCGUGGGAGGGAUUCUGGCAACCGGCAUUUCAUACGCUUGCACCUCUCUCGAACCCUCAGACUGGGCCUGGAGAGUACCUUCCUUAUUCCAAGGCUUCGCUCCGCUCUUCAUUGUCCUCCUCAUGCCGUUUCUCCCGGAAUCUCCUCGAUGGCUUGUUGCCCAGGACCGAUUCGAUGAAGCCUUGCGGGUCAUCGCUCGCGUCAACGGCUCUACGAUCGACGACCCAAUCGUUCAAGUUCAAUACAGAGAGAUCAUCGACACACUGAACUACGAGAAGACAGAGGGCAAGAGCAUCGCCUUUGCCGAAAUCGUACGCAAUGCACCGAACCGACGGCGAGUCAUGCUGGCCCUGUCGAUCGCUCCAGUGACCAUGUUGACGGGAUCAAACGUCAUCACAUAUUACUACGGCGACAUGUUGUCCCAGGCUGGCAUUACCUCGUCCAAGACCCAGAUGGUCAUCAAUCUUAUUCUUUCGGCUUGGCAGUUUGUGAUUGCUCUAACCGGUUCAUUCCUGGCCGAAAGGCUGGGCAGAUGGUUUCUCUGUCUCUCUUCCCUGGGCAGCUGUACGAUCAUGUUCUACAUCGUUGGCGCCCUAACUUCCGCCUAUGGCCAUACAUCAUAUAUGCCCGGCGUGGAAGGCACAGUGGCUGCCGUGUUUCUAUUCCUCGGGGCGUACUCGUUCGGACUCACGCCCUUGACGCAGAUGUACCCUCCAGAAGUACUGUCCUACAAUAUCCGAGCAACUGGUAUGGCCAUGGUCACCAUCGCGAACAAGGCUUGUGGAAUCUUUGUUACCAUGGUUUUCCCCUAUCUCUUCAAGUCCAUUGGGUGGAAGACAUACAUGGUCAACGCGAGCUGGAACGUGCUUUUCGUUAUCUGGGUUUACUUUUGCUGGGUCGAGACAAAGGGAAGAACCCUCGAGGAGAUCGACGAGUUGUUUGACGGCGAGAAGCACUCCGACGCGCCAAACCUCUCCCAGGUCGCCGGUGCUAGCGAGAAGAUUGUGGAGACCCAGGUCGAGAAGAUCUGA